AAUCCCAUUCCCACAUUCUAAUCUCAUUCCAAACGGCCCGUAAUUCCAGUCGAACAAUCUUCCAGAUCUGAAGCUGCUCUUUAAUUUCUCUCUCAAAAUUCACUUUCCUUUGAUUCUUGAAGCUAAGCAACUAUGGUGAUGAAUCUUGAUUUUCCUACAAUUCUUGGAAUUAUUGGCAAUGUUACAUCCUUUUUCAUGUUUUGCUCUCCUGCGCCUACAAUCUGGAGGAUUUAUUUGCGAAAAGAUAAUGAGGAAUAUAAGUUUCACCCUAUUGUGGCUGGAUUAAUCAGCUGUUCAAUGUGGGUGCUAUACUCAAUGCCGUUCGUGCACUCGAACCCGCACACAAUUCUUCUUACCCCAGUUAAUUGUGUUGGAAUUGCUCUCUACACUUUCUACUACGUUGUAUACUCGUACUAUGGUGACAGCUUUAUUAGGAAAUCCAUGUGGAUGUACUUAUACGUCGAGGUUGUGGUUCUGUCUGUCUUAAUCUGCAUCACACUCUUAGCAUUCCACACCCAUACUUCGAGGUCUAACUUUGUUGGGAUCUUUUAUGUCAUCUUUGGGAUCCUUUUUUAUGGUGCACCUCUCACUGUAAUGCUCAAGGUCAUAACUACGAAGAGUGUUGAAUACAUGCCAUUGUCUCUUUCGAUUGCUGGUUUGUUUAACGGAGUCAUUUGGAGUGCAUAUGCCUGCAUCAAAAAAUUUGAUCACUACAUUCUGAUUUGCAAUGCCGCUGGAGCUAUACUUGCCGUAGCACAACUGAUUUUGUAUGCUUGGUACUAUGUAUCUGCACAGAAGGAAAGUAUUGAAACCCUGCCCACACCACCACACCACAACAGCCGCAAGACCAGCAUGGUGAUUUUACUUAGAUACGAUGAUAAAGAGCCGCAGCUAUUUCAAUUUGCUCGGGUUAACUAGCUUGUGUAGUUUGCUAGUAGCUUAGGUGAUGAAUUUUGUUAACUACUUAAUUUAAAAUCAGUAACACUCUCCCCGUGUUUAAAUAAGUGAAACAUUUUUCUUUUGCGGUCGUGUUUAAAUAAAUGAAACGUUUUAUUUUAUAGUAAUUU